AUGGAUAAAACCUUUGAAGUAACCAUUUUGGGAACUUCGGGUGGCCCAAUAGAUGGAAAUAACCAGAGUUUCAUGGUACGACCUGCAUUCAGUAAAGAAUUAAAUUCCAUCAAUGUAGAUGGUGGAGUUGUAAUCAGCCAGAUAAUAGAGUUAGUAAAAUAUAUGAAGAGAAGUGUCAUGAAUAUUCACGAGGGAAGCGAUGGAUUGGUCGAGAGUUUUUACGAGAAUGACAUGGAGCAUGAACGGUUAUUUACUAACCCAUUCCACGAUUGUCAAAAAGGUUUUGGCACUAACUUCAUUAAAUUAGUAAUAGAGAAGUUAAAUUUAGAUCGAAGUAAUAUUGAUAGCAUAAAUAUUAUGAGAGUGUCACUUCAAAUAUAUGAGAAAAUAAAGGAAUAUUAUGUGACACAUGCUCAUUUGGAUCAUAUAUCUGCUAUCGUUUUAAACACACCAUAUAUAUAUUCCAAGGCGUAUUCUAAUAAAACCAUGAAGAUUUGUGGACUCCCAUUUGUAAUUGAUGCGUUAGAUGAGCAUAUCUUUAAUGAUAAGAUAUGGCCAAACUUGACUGCUGAAAAGGAUGGAAGGCUAGAGUUAGUGAAGUUGGAGAAUAAACAAUGUUCUCAAAUAAAAAGUAUCCCGCAAUUUUCAAUUAUUCCAUUUACUGUCUGUCAUGGGCAGUCAGUAAGUAAUGAAACUGUACCUGUAUACAGCACAGUAUUUGUAUUGAAUGAUAAAAUAUCUAACAAUACUUUGGUUAUUUGUGGCGACUUACAACAUGAUCCACCUACAGAACGGUUAAAUAAGAUCAGUAACGUAUGGAAAUAUCUUGCUGAUUAUGUAAAGCCACAAUCACUUUCUGGAAUUAUAAUAGAAUGUUCAAGUACAUCAAUUGUACGAGAUUGCCAAUUAUAUGGACAUUUAUCACCUCCUUUACUUAUAGAGGAGAUGAUAUCAUUAAGAGAUAUGUAUUGUAAGAAAUAUAAUACAACAAAACCACUGAUAGAUAAGAUUUUAAAGUUGAAUCUUAUCGUCACCCAUGUGAAAAUGGAAAAUAUGGACAAGGACCCUAGAUUGAUAAUAUUAGAAGAAUUAAAUGAACUCAAAGAAGCUCAUGAUAUGACAAAUUUACAUAUAUCUAUCUCGUUACAAGGAUAUACUUAUUUACUGUAA